UGACAAUCACCAGACCUCCGCACGCCAUGCUCGACUCAGCCUACAUCUCAAUCGGGGCGAACCGCGCAUUCUCGUGCGCCGCCGCGUUCGACGAUGGUGUCUUCGCCUACGGCGCGGGAAGCACCGUCGCGCUCUGGGACAUGAAUGCAAAUGGACGAGGCGUAUACGCAACACUGACCGGGCAUAAUGCCCACGUUACGACGCUCAAGUGCAGUGGCGACGGCUUCGUAUCGGGUGACCAGGCUGGCCAGGUCCGCGUCUGGGCUAGGGACGGAAGAACGUUUACUUGCACUCAGACGUUUACGGCUCAUAAAAACUCGUCGAUUUCCGCCCUCGCCGUUUGGGGUGACGAGGCGCUCACCGGCGGCUCUGACGGCAUUGUUCGCCGCUGGCGCAUCGGAAAGAAGGUCGAGUUGAUCGAGACGCUCGACUUGCGGGGGAAGCUUCCCCUUGAUCUUAUUAUUGGUACACUCCCGAACUCGAAUGCCCGUGUGCUCAUCAUGGGCCUCACGGACCGCAAGGUGCAGGUGUGGACGCUCGUCGAAGGCUCCUAUCGCUACGCGCUCUCACUCGAGGGGCACGAGGACUGGGUUCGCUGCCUGGCUCUCACGGCCUACCCCGGAGCAAACGGAUCCGACCUUCUCCUUGCCACCGGUGCGCAGGACAACUACAUCCGUUUAUGGCGCAUAUCGCCAUACACCGGCGGCGGCGACAUGUUUGAUCUGUCGCAGCUUGACGGGAACGCACAAAUCUCGACCAAGGCGCAUGUACUCUCUGCCGAGGGUGACCGCUUCAACAUUACCCUUGAGGCACUGCUCGUUGGACACGAGUCGGGGCUGACGAACGUCAAUUGGUCCCACGCCGAGUCUCCACGUCUGUUGUCGUCGGCCAGUGACAACUCGCUCGUUAUUUGGUCACCAACGGACGGCGAGCACGACCGUGACGGCAUUUGGGUGCCGGAACACCGAUUUGGCGCGUUCGGGGGCCGCGGUCUAUCGUUCUUCGGCGCCGUGUGGGCUCCGCGUGAUGAGGCUGUCAUUGCCACCGGCUGGACAGGCGGUGUUGAACGCUGGGUCCAAAAAGGGGACGGGUGGGAGACAAGCCCCGGCGUAUCUGGUCAUUAUGGAACCGUGCAGAGCGUUGCGUGGGAGCCAGCAGGCGACUACCUGCUGUCCACUGGAUCUGACCAGACCUCACGGAUACACGCGCCAUGUCGCCCUUCAGGUUCCAAGGACGAGGUAUGGGCGGAGAUUGCACGACCACAGAUCCACGGGUACGACAUGGUGGAUGCAGCGUUCCUUUCCUCGUUCCGUUUCGCGAGUGCAGGCGAGGAGAAGGUCACACGUGUCUUUGAGGCAACAACGGGCUUUGCGGAGAGUUUGAGCACGCUUGGUGUCUGCAGCAAGUCGGCAUCAGAGAUUUCUCACUUGCCACGGGGAGCUACAGUCCCACCUCUGGGCCUCUCCAACCGCGCUCUGGGCAAGGCUGAGGCAGCGAGCGACAUCCCCAAGUCAAAACUGGUGCCGAAGGAUGCGGUCGACCGCGAGUCUGUAUCGACGGCACUGACGAGCCUGCCUACUGAGGAGGAGCUGAGCACAUCCACGCUCUGGCCCGAAAUCGAAAAGGUCUAUGGCCACGGCUAUGAACUCGCAACGCUAGCGACGAGCCACGCCGGUGACCUAGUCGCGACGGCCUGUCGAGCUACUUCGGCCGAGCACGCGGUGGUGCGCAUCGUCGACGCCUCGACGUGGGCUGAUCGCGCCACAUUGCCAGGUCACACCUUGACCGUGACUCGCAUCGCAUUCUCACCAGACGACAGCAUGGUGCUCACAGUCUCCCGCGACCGAGGGUGGCGGCUGUUCGCACGUGACGGUGAGGCUUGGACGCCAGCGGCGAGCGAGGAGCGGGCACAUGCGCGCAUGGUUUUGGACUGUGCUUGGGCCGGAAGCGCUUUUGUAACUGCCUCGCGUGAUAAGACCGUCAAGGUGUGGCGCCGAGAGGGCGAGUGGUGGACGUGUACCACAACGCACAAACUUGCCGAGGCGGCCACCGCCGUUGCUGUCACUCCGCGCACUCAAGACUACCUUCUUGCUGUGGGCACCGAGGCGGGCAACAUCAAACUGUUGGUCCUUGGCGCGGCGGACGAAGUCUCACCCCUCACUGCAGUACCAAAUGGGUCAGGACAUGCCGGCGCCGUAUCACGCCUCGCAUGGCGGCCAGACGGCAAGGCCCUCGCAAGCGCUGGCGAGGACCGCGCCGUGCGGAUCUUCACUCUCCCGUGAUGUCGCACAAAGAUACUCGUAGACAGAUGCUCGUAGAUGCACACACAGGAUUACAUGGCUCUAAU